AUCCUGUAGAAAAACUAAAGGUAAAUUGCCUGAAGUUUGGUCUGAAAAAUGGGAAAGAAACAGCAUCAGAAGGAUAAGCUGUAUUUAACAAACAAGGAAUGGAGAGAAGAAUGGGGUGGAAAGAAAGCUGAUGUCCCUGAAAAAGCAAGUUUUAGAAGACUGCCAUUCUACUGCUGCAGCCUUUCCAUGCAGCCAUUUGAACAUCCUCUUUGUACAAAAGAUGGCGUUAUAUUUGAUUUGCUAAACAUUGUUCCAUAUCUGAAGAAGUAUGGUAAAAACCCAGUCACUGGAGAGACUUUGCAAGCCAAAGAGCUAACAAAACUAAAUUUUCACAAGAAUGCAGAGGAUAAGUAUCACUGUCCUGUCACCUUCAAGGUCUUUAAUAGCAACACUCAUAUUGUAGCAGUCAAAACAACAGGAAAUGUCUUCUCCUUUGAGGCAGUAGAACAGUUAAACCUUAAAACCAAGAACUUCAAAGACCUUUUGACUGAUGAACCAUUUACACGCAAAGACAUUAUAACUAUUCAGGAUCCAUCAAGUCUUGACAAAUUUAAUCUUGCAAAUUUCCAUCAUCUAAAGAACAAUUUGAAAGUGGUUAAUGAAGAGGAGGAAAAAGCCAAGAAGGAUCCAAAGUACUACUUGAACAGGGCUAACAAAGACACCCUUGGUAUUCUGAGUGAACUAGAAAAAACUUUCAAAGAACCUAAGAAGAGCACAGAGAAAACAAGUGAAUCACUUACAGAGAGAAAUGCUGCUCAUUAUUCUACUGGUGCUGUAGCCAGCUCAUUCACAUCCACUGCACAAAUACCUGUCACUCAACAGGAGGCAGCUAUUGUUGAUCAGGAUAUAGUGAGAUACAGAGAAGUGAAAAAGAAAGGUUAUGUGAGACUGCAGACAAAUCAUGGUGAUCUUAAUUUGGAACUUCACUGUGAAAUGGUUUCAAAGACGUGUGAGAAUUUUAUAAAACUCUGUGCUUCUGGCUACUAUGACAACACAAUCUUUCACAGAUCUAUCAAGAACUUUAUGAUUCAAGGAGGAGAUCCUACUGGAACAGGGCGAGGUGGUGAGUCGGCCUGGGGAGAGCCAUUCAGAGACGAGUUCAAACCGAAUUUGAUACAUCAAGGGAGAGGCAUUCUAAGUAUGGCAAAUUCAGGACCAAAUACAAAUAAGUCCCAGUUCUUUAUUACGUAUCGCUCCUGUCGUCAUUUGGAUGAAAAACAUUCCGUGUUUGGCAGAUUGGUUGGUGGGCUCGAAACAUUAAGCGCUUUGGAAAGAGUAGAAACUGACGAAAAAGAUCGACCAAAGGAAGUGAUCAAGCUAAUCAAAGCCACGGUGUUUGUGAAUCCUUUCGAAGAAGUUGACGCUGUGCUUCAAAAAGAGCGAGAGAAAAAGGAAGAAGAAGAAAAACAACAGGAAGAAGCCGCCCGCAAAAAGAAAGCGGCUGCCACGCCAGCAGAGGCACCAAAGGUUUACCGGUCAGGAGUUGGAAAAUAUAUUAAACAGAAGCCAGCGUCAAGGGAUGCUGAAACUGCUGACCUCGCACCGCAACAAUCGAAAAAGAAAAUUAAAGUAUCUGGCGGAUUCAAAGAUUUCAGCUCCUGGUGACACAAGAAUGGCUUGAAAUUCCGAUCAAAAUGUUCCACUCAUUCGUCCGUAAAUUAAAAGAAACAUACGAGGGAACUACCCUAGUAUUGAGAACUCUCCUGUUGCUCUUGGAAGGUCAGGGAAUCCUGGAAAUCGUCAUGUUUUCGCAGUCUUUUCCUACAAACCUGUGCCAAGCAAGAACAUAAUCCGCGUCUAUUAUGCGGGUUACUUCGAUCGCCACAGUGCCAGCUCUAUUAAGUUGACAUUGCCAACCAUCAAUGCGACUAUUUCGCCUACAGAGAAAUAACAACCACAAGUAAAUUGUAGCAUUAUUCCGUCAAAGGCGAAAGAAAAUACUUGCGAGGGCUCUUCAGCAGCAAAACAUUCUUAGCAGCCAAAUUUAACGUGAGGUUAUGAACGGUUUGACGGUCUUUAAUCUCAAACAAAUAGUCGUGGCUUUUUUUGAUAGGAUGUAUGGACCAAGCUCGAAGUAAACUGCUAUCAACGUCUAUUCGCGUUCUACAACUGUGGACAAUAUUUUUUCUGUACAUCUGGUCAAGUUGAUGAAUAACUUUUGUAAAUCGUGAACACUCAGGCUGUACAAAGCUAUGAGUAAUAGUGCUCUUACUAUUCGCCUUGUAAAUAUA